UGCUAAACAAGAAUGGAAAUACUGGAAGCCGCGUGCGCGGUACAUAUUACAUCAGUAUCGAACCGAUAGUGCUAUAGAGAAGUUGUGUUUUAUGAAAUCAUCGUUUUCUAGCCUUAACGAAAAUGUUUACGAAUUAACGAACGAAUUUAUAUUUUUAUACGCGAGUGAUUUUGUUUACUAGUGUGUGUUUUUGUGUGAAUUAAUCAAGUGAUUAAGAUAUCAAAGGACAAAGUUUAUGGAUGGAUCCUUCGAAAGGGACCCGCGAAAAGCCGGGGCCCGCAACAACUCCCCCUUCGGCUAAACGUUUGAAGGAACGCGUCAGCUUCUUCGAGAAAAUCUUAUCAUCGGGAUCAAAUUCGCCGAGUGGAGAUGAUGGUGUCACCACGACCACCAGGUUCGAAACCACAACCGGACCUUAUGUUGAAGAAAGGCGUACUAGAGUUGAGAGUGUGACGAGUCCUGGAAGUCCAACCAGACAUGUUACCACCAGGUACGAAACUUCUGGUGGACCUUCCAGGAUAAGCAUGCAAGAUGUUCCAGAUGCUAGUGAUGUUCAGAGGUUUGAAACUAUUGUUGGACCGUCGACUAGAGUUACUACAACAACAUACAGAACUGUAACAGGAUCAGGUUUUGAUAUUCCACAAGAUGGUCAAAAUGUCAAAUAUGAAACCGUGACAGAUCCUGAAGUAAUAACUAGAUACGAAGGAUUACCAAGUGAUAGCAACAUAACAUAUCAAACUGUUGAAGGUCCUGUGACUAAUGUUACUACUAGGUACAUCACCGUGAAGAAGACAAUUCCUGUCACCACUCAUACUUUUACUACAAAACGUGAAAUCGUGACCGGAAAACCUGAGCUACAUAGUACCACGCCCACAAAAGUAGAAAGAUACACAGAAUCCCAUGUUGUUCCCAAAGGAACAGUUAUCUAUGAAUCCCGAUCACCAUCAGGAGCUUCUAGACCAAGCAGUCUAAAACCGGACAUAAAGAGUGGUACAGUAACACGUACUACGAUUUAUAAGGAUGAUGUACCUCUUGUACAUACACCUCAACGACCUACCAGUCUUGACACCAAAACUGGGAUACCUCCAAAACAUCAAACACCAACUGUUACUACCAGAUACAUCAAACGGUACGACACUCCUACCGGCAGAUAUACGACGAGCCCGUCAGGAGACGAAAUUGGCACCACAUCAUAUGAAACUGCAGAAAGAGUUGUCGAGGAAGGAGAUCUUGCCAGCGGCAAUAGAAUGGUGACCACUGAAAAAAUUACAGUUAGACGUAAUGUUCAGGAUAUUUUGCUUGGUGCGAAAAGUCCUUCGGGAGAGGAUUCGGCGUACCAAACUUUGAGAGUUACGAAAAGUUUAGGUGGAUCAUCGACGUCUUCCAAUGUAACUGGAAGAUUUCCCUCUGAAGAGAAUUUGACGCGUUCAGGAAGUCCUGUGAGAUCUGAAAGUCCUGAUCAGGAUUGGUAUCAUGAUUAUAGGAAUGCUAGUUUUCAGAGUACGAGGCUUGAUGCAUUUAGGAGUCGAUCGGAAUAUGACAACCAUAUUGCCCAAAUAAGAGAUGAGCAAGAGCGCGUGCAGAAGAAGACCUUCGUGAAUUGGAUUAAUUCGUAUCUGUCCAAGCGAGUUCCACCGCUUCGGGUAGACGAUUUGAUCAACGAUUUAAAAGAUGGCACAAAACUUCUUGCUCUUCUUGAAGUGCUUUCCGGAGAAAAACUGCCCGUGGAGAGGAGCAGGGUUUUGAGGAGACCGCACUUUUUGAGCAAUGCCAAUACUGCCCUUCAAUUUUUGGCCUCACGGCGCAUCAAGCUGGUCAACAUCAAUGCAGCCGAUCUGGUGGACGGGAGACCACCAGUUGUGCUCGGGCUGAUAUGGACAAUCAUUUUGUAUUUCCAGAGGUCUGACAUUGUUGCUCAAAAUGGGAUAAAUAAUUGGCAGGUUAAAUCAAUCGGAGAUUAUUGGGAUAUAACAGAAGCACACACUGAGAAUGUUUUAGAGGAAUCGAAAAAUACGAUCGAGGAGAACACUCGUGCCUUGGAAUAUCUGGGCCAUCAUUUCGGAGGCUCGGCUAGUUCUUUGGAGAGCAUGGGCACGGCCAGUUCUUCGGAUGCGAAAAAAGAAAAAUGGAAGCAAGGAGCCAGGAAGACCUUGUUGCAGUGGGUCACUAAUGCAUUGCCAAAGGAUUCUGGAAUCGAAGUACGCGACUUUGGACCAAGUUGGCGUGACGGUGUUGCCUUUUUGGCAAUCAUCGAUGCCAUCAAAGCGAAUCUUGUCAAUUUAGAGCAAAUGAGAGCUGCUUCUAAUAGACAACGUUUAGAAACUGCUUUUGACGUUGCUGAAAAUCAGCUAGGUAUUGCGAGAUUGCUGGAUGCCGAGGAUGUGGAUGUAGAUAAACCAGAUGAGAAGUCUAUUAUGACAUAUGUUGCACAGUUCCUGCACAAGUAUCCUGAACCGAAGAGUUCCGGUCUGGACGCUACUUCUAUAAUCCAAAAGGAUUAUAGAGAUUUAUCUGAGUGGUUGCUCGAAAAAACCAAUCAUCUAGGAACAAUGAUAAAAACAAAUACUUUACCUCAAAAAUAUUCAGAAUAUGAGGCUUAUAAAGCACAAGUAGAUGGACGCGAAGCGCUGUACAAGAAAUUGAAAGCACUAAUCGAUUCCCAUGGUUUCGCUGCUAUAAGCGAAUCAUCAUGGAAGGAAAUAGAUAGAUUAUGGAAACUUCUUCAGUACCAACUGCGCCAGUGGCUAUGGCAAUUAGAUUCUCGCAUUCCAGGAGGACUUGCCAAAGUCGGUGAAUGGCUUGCAAAAGCUGAGCAGUUGAUUUAUCACGAUGAUGUUCCCACUAUCAUGAAUGAGGAAACAGCUACCAUAAUAAGCAGAAAACUAGAAGAACAUAAACAAUUCUUCGCUGAUUUGCCAAUUGUGAUAGAUAAAUUUGAAAAAGCAAAACUUUGCGAAGCAGAUAAUUUACCACCGUCUCAACUCCGUAAUAUGGAAAUGCGACUACGGGAUGUUGAACCAAAAGCUGUACAACGACGUAUACGAUUGAAAUUCUUAGAACACAAAUGUUGCCUUAUUGCCUUUUUGCAUUUGACUGAAAUGAAACUUAAAGCCUGGACGGUAAAAUACGGCAGAGAAGAAAAAGUUCAACAACUGUUGGAACAGUAUCGUAAUUUUGUAUCUAGAAAUAAAAUCUUUCAAGAAUUUUCAAAAGCUUAUCAGGAUAUGCAACAGGUCGUAGAAGAGUACAAGAGAGACGGCAUGAUUGAUAAAAAGGAGUGCGCGGACGUUGAUCGUUUUAUGCGCGAUACGGCGGAAAGAUGGAAAGGAGUUUCUAUGGAACUGAGAUGCGUCCAAAGCAUGUUGGAAGAAGUUGUUUCUUACUGGAAACGUUGGACGCAAUUAGCCAAGGAAUUUGAAGAUUGGCUGGACAAAGCUGAAGCACACACGCGUCUUUCUGAUGAUGAAAGAAUGGAAUUUUUCCAAGAUAUAAGUGUCUGGAAAGAGAAAUACCAACUUCUGAGUGACACUGUAAGCUUUUUAGUAGCCACAUGCGAAGAUAACGUUUCUCAGGAACUGCACGAUCGAUUUGGUAGAAUGACUUCAAGGUGGGAUCAACUAUUCAAAGAUGUUCAACAAUAUAUGCAUGCUGGAGAUAUAUUACGUAACCGCAAGGAUUACAGAUUUGGAGUUGAACGAUUAAGUGCUUGGCUAAGAAACGCUGAAAAUGUUUUAGAGUCCCACCAACUAAGCACCACAGAAAAAAUUAAAGCUUAUGGGGCACAAAUUCAACAAAUACAAAAUGAAAUUGAUGAAAUUGAAGAUCUAUUUAAGAAUAUUAGUAAAGCCUUCCAAUCAUUAAUUCAAGAUUUAUCAAGGGACGAAGUUGACAAAAUGAUGAAUACUUUGAAAAGAGAAAAGGAAGCUUUAGUAAGAGUACGAGCUUUGAUACCAAUGAAACUAAAUUUAUUCCAUCAGUUAUUAGUUCAGCAAGAAUCUUUGGAAGCUGGACAAAAAGAAAUUCAUCAAUGGUUGGAUGAAGCAGAAAAGGUUCGGCACAAUGUCCUUAAAUUAACGGUACCUAUUGUUAUAGGUAUAAUAUUUACUACGAUUGAUGAUUCAGAAGGUGGUGAAGUGAGGGACUCAUAA